CUUCCCUCUCCAGGCUCACCUCCGGAUCCAUGGCACCAAAUAAGGACCCCGAAGUUGCGCGAAUGGACGCGCUGGCAACUAUUCUCUCCCAAAUUGAGACGAGCCCGUUCGACCUGUCUCUACAUGUCCGACACAUACAGCUCACCACGUCCUCCGAGGGUAUGGGAGAAGACGCUCUGGCUGCGAUGGAGUUGCUGAGCUCGUUCUUCGCGGUUAGUGAGGAUAUUUGGAUGGCCCUCAUCUCUGCAAAGGAGAACUCGAUGAGCAUGGACGUGAGGGAGAAUGUGGAAGAAUUGUUGGCGUUAUAUGAGCGCGCUGAGAAUGAUUAUCUGUGUCGGUGCAUUCGACUCUUCAGACGAUAUGCGUCUGACUGCAUACUAGCUAUCUCGAUUCUUUACCGUCAUGCCGAGCUCCUGGUCUCCAAAUACGAACACUACGUUGAAAAUCCCAAAUCUGCCGAGUUGGGGGAUUGCUUCUCAGUUGAAUGGACGAGAGCCGCACUCACUGCAGUGGUGGAGAAGGGCCAAUGGCACCUCAGCCAGAGCCAUCGGCUUUGGAACAUGCUUUGUGAAUGGGAGUUGCAAGUGCUGGAACAGUCAACUGGUUCGAGCAGGUCGUCUGAAGUUUCCCGAAUCGAAGACCUGAUCUUGACGCGAUUGAAGCACCCACAUGCCAAUCUGGAAGACACUUUCCAGAUGUAUUCGAGCUUUACAACAAAAUACAAGUCAUCCGACGAAUACGAGUCCCUACUCGUCAGGGCUUCGAAACUACGCGGCUCGACCGCAAAAGUUUUCCAGCGACGAGACUCAUGGGAGACCUCUUUGGCGCAAUCUCCGAGUCUUGAGACCUAUUCACAAUACAUCACGGCUGAGCGGCGUGCGAAGACCCCGCAUUACCACAUUUUGAGUGGAAUCUACGAAAGAGCGCUUGCACAAGCAGCCAAGGACAGACUUUCUGAUCCUCCCGUAGCCGGUCUUGAAGAUGUUCUGCAGACUUUGUGGACUGGGUAUCUGGACACUGCUCGUAUCUUGAGGGCUGGUGUUGAAGUUGAACUGGAGAUCUUACAGCGAGCUGUGCGGAGCGUCCCUGGGUCCGGGAAUGUGUGGGCUCGAUACAUCCGUAGUCUUGAAAGAGCUGGGGAGGAGUUGUCGCAGACUGUGUCUGACGUCUUCGACAAGGCCCUUGCCACGAAUCUUCUGCAAUCUGACGUGGAGCAACUAGUCCCCCUACUACUCGCGCGAGCAGGUUACGACAGAAGGCAGUUUGAGGCUAGUAAUGGAGAUGAGGAACGAUUUGUCACGUUGAUAGCGGGGCUCGAGACUGGAAUUGGUCUCGUUCAUGGUGCUGGUCCGACAGGUGACCCUCGGUAUCGGGUGGAGAAGUUUCUGUCGUCUUUGUACAGCAGCAGCAGCAUGGAGGACAGCGCCAUUCAGGUCUGGGAGGCAGCGACCAAGAAGUACAAAAGCAGCUACAAUGCAUGGAUCCUGUAUACCGACACAUUGAUCAAGCACAAUCGGUUCGAUGAAGCGCGAAAGGCAUUCAUCGACGUUCAUUCUAAGAAUCUCGACUGGCCAGAGGCUGUGUGGGAAGCCUGGUUGUCGUUCGAGCAUCUGCAUGGUACUGUUGAACAGAUCGAUGAAUGCGGAGACAAGAUCGAAAAGGCCCAGAUCUUCGUCAACACCAAACGAGCCAAGGCUGCAGAGAAGCAGGCUGCCGAGUAUGCUGCUACAGUGGUAGAGCAACAGCAGACCGUCUCAACCCAGGAGACACGAUCUUCUGAACCCAUGGAUGUUGAUUCUGGUCCUCGCGGAGUUAAGCGAGCUGCAGAGGAUGCAACGAGUGAAGAUGGUCAUAAAAAAGCGAAGCUAGAACCAAAGCCAGCGAAUCUCAAGAGGGAUCGUGAGAAUUCGACUGUAUUUGUGGCUGAGCUUCCGAUUGGGGUUACAGAACAAGAUUUGGAGGCUCUGUUCAAGGAUUGCGGAAAACUGCGUGAGAUCAAAAUUACUGAACUAGCCCAUUCUCCGGUGGCUACUGUCGAAUUCUUCGAGCGAGACAGUGUUCCUGCUGCGCUGACGAAAGAUAAGAAGCGAUUACACGGACAAGAGGUCGCCGUUCACAUGGCUUGGAGCUCGACUCUUUAUGUCACCAACUUUGCUGAGAGUGCGGACGAUGCUUCUAUCCGUGAUCUCUUCGGAAAGGCGAGGCCCUUUUCCAAAAGAAGAAAGGGACUUAAUUUGACGCUUGAUCCAUCCAGUAUGGCACACUCUUCGAUGUUCGUUGGCCAAGCAAAAAGUUCAAAAACACCCGGCGAUUCUGUUAUGUGCAGUUCACGACGCCGUCAUCGGCGCAAGCUGCUCUCGAGUUGCAUGGGCGAGAGUUGCACCCCGGGUUUACACUCAAUGUGUUGAUUUCCAAUCCGGAGCGGAAGAAGGACCGUACAGACCAGGAUGCGAACGAGCGAGAGCUGUAUAUCGCCGGUCUGAGUAAAUUCACGACCAAGGAAGAUCUGCAAAAGGUCUUCCAAACAUAUGGCACGGUCAAAGACGUGCGAAUGGCCACUGACCCGAACGGUCACUCGAAAGGAUACGCCUUCGUCGAAUUUGAAGACACGGCAACUGCACAGGCGGCCUUGGACGCCAACAAUCAUGAGCUCAAGAAGCGACGUAUCGCAGUGACGUUGGCCGAUUCUCGUGUCCGUUCCAAGAACAAGCCCGAGCCAGAUAGCGGACUGGGCAAGAAGGCCGAUACUCGUAACCGCUCGAUCCGGGUCCGAAAUCUGCCGCCCGGCACCGAGGACGGUCUUUUGCAGCAAGCGCUCGAGAAGAUCACAGCUGUGAAACGAGUGGAGGUGUUUGUCGAUCUGAAUGAAGCUGUGGUCGAGUUGAACAGCUCAGCGGACGUUGGUAAAUUGCUGCUUCGUACUGAGCCGGUGGUCUUCAACGGCAACGAACUCAAGCUUACUGAAGAAGGUUCCGAUGCUGCGGCGCUGAAAAGCGAGGGUGUGUUUGUCCCGAGGGCAGCAAAGCCGCGGGCUGGGCUGGGACAUCGCAAAGCCAACCCCCGAUCAUCAGCCGCAGUACCGGUCGCUGCCACCGGUGCAUCAGCAGGUCCCUCGGAACCGCGUCCUACCGGGGGUAAAGGCCAAGAUGACUUCAGGAAGAUGUUGGGAUGAAGAUGCUAUCAGUACAGUGACUACAGUCUAUAACAACAAUGUCCAGAUACUAGCGCCCUGUCAAUCAUCAUCUAUCGGCCAUUACCCUGCAAUAGCCGCACGCCCUCGCCGUCCGCUACGGAUAUCAGCUGGGCCCGAUUCGUCUUGGCGAGUGACGAGAUCGCCUUGCGGAGCAUGCUGAUGGGCAGAUCUGAGAGCGGCGAGGGGACCGGCGGAUCGACGAUCUCGUAGAACGUCAGUAUUGAGUUCAGCUGCCCCGUCGAGAUGGCCUGCGGAUCCUUAGCACAGAGCCGAGAAAGAAGCAGCGAGGGGACUGACCCAGGCGUGCAGGGCCUCGCCCCAUUCUUCAGGCAGCUUCCAGUGCAGCAGGACCGAGCGCGUCUGGCCGGCCGGGUCGUACGAGGCCUCGUUCUUGGACACCAUGGACGCGAGGAUCGCAGACAGGUAGUGCGGGAGCAGUCUCCCUGUGGCGUGAGGCGUCGGUUCAGCAGCGCGCACGAGGGGGGCCGGGGGGCCUGGGACGCACGAUUGAUCCGCUCGUUCCUCAGCACCUCGCUCCACUCGCUAUCCGCUGCAUCGGCAUCCUCGACGCGGAGGGCGAACAGCCGCCGGUGUUUGGCGUACGUGAGAAUGAGCCGAGUCCAGUUCUCGGUCGCGGUCGCGUUGGAACCUGGGUGGGGCUGUUGUCUAAUCGAGGAGAGGGGGAUCAGAAUGAUUCAGCAGUCCGUGGGUUCGUUGCACGGACGUGAAGAAGGCAGGUUGCGAGUGGAUCGAAGGGAGGAGGUAGCCUGUAUCAGAUGAAAUUUAUAUAUGAUUUUGUGGUAGCACUAGAGUCUGC